CACCAUGAUAAUGGGGCUUACCCCAUAUGCUGGCAAUAAACACUGGUGCAAUCUAAACAGCAUACCGAGCUUUUUACAAAAGAAAAGAAGCCCUUCACGUUUGCUUUUGUCCCAAGUCUUUGCUUCCCAAUCAUGUUAUCAUUUAGUGUUUACCUUCCGCGAGUCCAUGUCACGAGGGCUUUUGCUUCCUGAAAGAGCGCUUCAAGAUGAAGGGGAAACAGAUAAGCCUUUAACAGCCGAGUCAAGCUCUACGAAUCAAAAGAGGGAAGAUAUACAAGGAAUACGAGGGUGGGCGAUAUGUAUGGUACUUGCAUUCCAUUUUUUCCCCACAUAUUGCCCGAACGGUUACGUAGGAGUAGACAUGUUUUUUGUCGUGUCUGGCUUUCUGAUGGCAAUGAUUAUCACAAGGGCUCUGCCUAUAACUGCCUCGUCUCUUUCGACUUUCUAUUACAGAAGAAUCAAACGAAUACUGCCGAUGUAUUACAUGGUGUUGUUCGCAGUGCUUUUGUUUGUUGUAGUAGAGCUACCUACAUUUCGUUCUAUGAAUUUUGCAAGUUCUCGCAGAGCGUUACUACUCAUUACAAACAUUAGAUUCUCUGAAACUGAUGUUUUGAAGGGGUAUGAGGAAAUGCUGAAUGAUGCUGAUGAUCUUUUCACGCAUACUUGGUCUUUAUGCGUCGAGAUGCAAUGGUACUUGCUAGUUCCUCCGCUUUUCUUUCUACAAAACUUGCUACCUUUGCCAAAAACAAUGUUUUUUUUGGGAGUCGCAUAUGCUUCUAUGCAGUUAUAUUUCACAGUUGAUAGCAACACUGCUUUCUAUAAUGUCUUCACAAGGAUUUGGCAAUUUUGUGCUGGCAUGAUUGCUUUUGUACACGACAGUGAUACGUCCCAAGCAACCAAGACGUAUCAAGUAAUCGAGAGUAACGACAGCCUGCAAAGGAAAGGGAAAAUGGACUGUACUGUCGUCUUGCCUUGGUUUGUAUUCGUCCUCGCCAUAAUGGUACCAUUUCUAUGGACUCCGUUACCGAAGCGAUUUCUUCGCGUAGAGACAACGAUUAUGACAGCGAUUCUGAUCAGGCUAGGCAAACGUCACCAGACAGCCGUGCUCACUAAAAAGGAGGUGGUAUACGUUGGAGCGAUAUCCUAUGCGCUCUAUCUGAUACACUGGCCAGUUUUCGUUGUUAUGAAGUGCUGGUAUCCUGAUAAUCCACUUAGUUCGCCCGUGGGUGUAAUCACUUCCAUUUUCUUGGCUUCGUUGACGUACCGCUUUUAUGAAACAAAUUUUCUGCAAUGGUCAACUGCUACCAUUUGCCUGUUGAUAACCACGCUUUUCAUCGGCUGCAGAUGUCUAAGCUCGCUGUCCACAGAGAAUGAGCUUUUUAAGUCGGCAAAGAUUGACUACAACUUGAUUAAGGUAGAAGACGCCGCUUGGAAUUUGACUUUGAUGCGUCUGCUGAAUGCAGCAGAAACACCAGGUUUCCCACAUAUGUGGCAUAAGGAAUGCAAUUAUAGCGCAAGAUUCCUAAAUGAAUCAAUUGCUCCUUUGGGGCUAUGUUCAAUGGAGGAAGGGAACGGUACGGUGGAUAUGCUGGUUGCAGGAAACAGCUUUGCUUGCAAUCAAGGCGAUGUCAUAUACAAAGUAUACAAAUCGUAUGCGAGACGUUUCUACAUUUUUUGUGUAGUGUAUUGUGAAAUGUAUCGUCCCAAAUGCAAGGUUUCUUUCAACUUUACGCGAAUAGUUGAGGAAUUGAAACCAAAUGUCGUAUUCAUGAUCGACAGAGCAAUUCUUAUGAAAGCUCCGCUUAAUGUAACACAGCCAAUUGACAAAGACAGAAUUUUUGGUUACUAUAUGAAUCUACUGAGAUUUCUAGAGAAAAGAACCAAGAAAAUAUAUAUUCUGCAGGGACUACCAAGCUGUGUAGCCUCCUGCUCCGCUAAAGCUGUGCAGUAUUUGAAAAAUGGGAAAGCUUUAAGCACAAUCAAAGAUGGUCUAAUAAUAAAAGAUGAAUUCUUUGCUCGACUUCGAAUAUUGGAACUCGGCAAAAGAUGCAAGAAGUGUGAAAUAGUUGAUUACAUGCCAAUGUUUGUUGAUAAAAACGGACACUAUCUUGGUUAUAAUCCUAACACCAAUCUCAUAUCAUUUUCAAGAAGCUCGCUGAUCAGUUUAUUAUAUCCUGAAAUAAAUGAAGUGUUUUGCUUUAUUUUUACACAUACUUUUUAG